CUUAUUCACCAGGGCCCCUGAUGGUGGGGAUGGACUUGGAGCAGACAGGAACCAGGUCGCGGCCCCUGAGUACACCUGCCUGUGGUAGAGGGAUCCACCAGAGGUAUGUGCAGGUAGAAAGCCUGAUGUGAAGAGGCAGAAGGUGUGAGUAGGGACGGCUGGAUCUGUGCAGGAUGGAUGGAUGGCAGAGUAGUAGCGUGGUCAGACGGGCCAGGUCAGCAAUGUGCGGGCAGCGAGGUACCAAAGGAGCAGGCAGAGAAUGGUCAGGGGCACAAGCUGGGUUCAGUAACUCACAGGCAGCGCGGGGCAAAGGAGCAGGCAGAGAAUGGUCAGGGGCACAAGCUGGGUUCAGUAACUCCCGGGCAGCGCUGGGGGUACAAAGGAUCAGGCAG